AUGGGCCGUCAAGCAUAUCUGACUAAAAUCGCGCUGGGGCGAUCGGCCUUCGAACCAAGCCAAACAGCUACCCAGACCACCGAAUACGUUCAACUCGGGUCAUCUCAGCGGGACCUCCCAGCCGAAGCGCGAGAGCAAAAUCCGAACAGAUACAUCCAGUUGUACGAUGAGCGAGGCAACCCGAUCAACCCUCGCGCCAACGAGCAUGGCCGUAGGUUGAGAGAGGCACAGAAUGAUGUCCUGGCAUCUAUUGGAGUAGUGGAGAGACGCCGCUCGCCGUCGCAGGACCUUCCGGGCUCAUACGAAGAGCGCCUGCUGGAGCUGGAAGACGAGGAUACCGCAGGCAAUGCUAUAGCCCUCGCAUCUACGCUGACGGAAAACUUGUGUACUUGGUGGGUUGGGUCUUUGAGGGAGAGGAUUCUGACGUUCCGCUUUCGGGACGCUCUUCCCUUUACCCAAAUCGUUGCCUCCGAACGUAGCCUUUCUGGCAAGGCUCUGAUCUAUGGUGGCUUCACCUCCCGCCUACUGUCGACCCUUAGCAUCCAAGCUACCGUUUACGUUGCUUACGUAUUACGUCCUCUUGAACGCAUCCUGCUCGCAACGCGUGCAAGCUCUAGGACACGGCGCUUUUUCCGACGGUGGCAGGAUUUACCUACACUAUGUCUGCGCUUGUUCCUGGAGUGUUUGUUCUAUCCUUUCGCUUACCACUCCUACCUACAGCGGCUCGGUCUGGUCUCUGCAAAGCCGCUCUUGCCCCCGUUGAGGGCAUUCAUUCCCUUUUCUAAAUGGUCACCUCUACUACCAUUUUCUCUCCAUUACGGUGCGUCCUGUUCGGCCCUUGAUCUCUUCAAGGCGGCAAUGACAUCGCCAUUCGUCUUUGUUUGUAUGGAGCAUUUCUACGAGCGAUGGGUUUACGCCGCCGUUUAUGAGGUGAUCGAGCGUAGCGUGGUCCAUCCAGAUAAUCCGGACAUGCUUGGUCGCGAGGACGGGUCGAAGAGUCGGACAACAUCUAUCCUUGGCUUGCGACGGCGAUCCCCGUCCUUGAUUCGAGGCGCAGUCAACAAACUGCUGGUGACAAUCGGCUGGGGAGAACCAUUCUCCCGUUUGGGAGAAACAGAACGAGAGCAGGCUACAUCAGCGCCUAGGAGACCGGAGAUCCGCGGCGAGCAUGCCAUCGAGGUCGGUGGAAAUCAAGUAACCAACCUCAACAGAUUGGAGCUUCCACUAGCCCGUCAAAACACUCCGCCGGCGACCGAGGCCCUCGAACCUGAGAGCCUCCUUGUACCUAUAAACACAUCUACCCAAUCAACGCCGGGACCGCCUACUCCUCAGUCACCUACGGCUUCCCAAACAAGUGAGCACGACAAUGAUCCAAGGAUUCGGAUCACUUCUCGAGAGGGGAUCGUAGAGAUGGAGGUCCGCCUACCACCACAUGUACUCUCCUCUCACACUGAGAUUGCUGGAAGUGGUCCCUCAACGCCUGAUCAACGUGACGCUACAUUGCCGAAUCCUGUUCGUACGCCGGACACACGAAUGUAUCACCGAGUCACCACGCUAUCUUCGGAGCCAGCCCAAAUGAUAGGGGCCAUAUGCAAAGCUCAGAUUGUCACUUGGAUGACGCUGCCGCUCAAGCUUGUCACCCUUCGCCUCGUCGCCUCCCACUACCUCGCCCGCCGACAAGGUUACAUCGGCCCGCGCCGCGUGCUCGAUCCCCUACCCGCGAUGAGCGACUCGAAUUGGCCAUCCAUCGGUGUGCAGAUGUCACGCAUAGCGCUUUGCGGAGCGUUCGAGCUUGCCAUCGACCUCACCCUCUGGGGCUGCCAGUAUGUGGUAGUCACCUGGAUGGGCACCAAAUCAUUUGGUUGGGGUGCUCUGUGA